UGGCGUGCAACCUCUUUGACAAGACAUAAAACCUAUAAUGACUAGACAUAGACAGACUAAGACAGACAUUUUAAAAUAAUUCAAAAAUUAAUGGAACGAGGGCGUACGUGACCAGCAGCGAGGCAGUACAUUUUUUGACUUCUGAAAAGACAGACAUACGAAAAGACGAAACAGAACGAAUAAUAAUUGACCGUUCUUAUAUAAGAUAUUCAAGUGACCUUCGACCGUUAAAGUAGUCAUUCGACCGUUCAAGUGGUCCUUCGAGCAAAAAGACAAGUCCUAUGGUGAAGACGAGACUAGGAACAGACACCGACAUGGCGACGUCUUCGACAAAUGGUACGACCGCCGCUGCUGACCAGACCGGGCGAGACCGACAGUCCGUCCACAGCAGUCGCGCACCGUCACCGACCCCGUCUGUCCGGUCCUCCGUCUCCAGUGCAAUGACUCAGAUUCGACGACAAAAACUAAUACAACUAAAGUUGGACGCUGCCGAACAACGCGCACGACUACACCUGCAGCUUCUGGAGGAAAAACUAGCCAUCGAAAGUCAGGCCCUAGAAGAGGAAGAAGAUCCGCAACUGACAUGCAAUCCACCAGGUAACUCUCAAACAUUACCACCAAACGCACAUGACGUAAGAUUACCGGCUUGCUGUCAGCAAAAUUCAGAAGAGAAUGAGCUAGCAAACUGCGUAACUAAGCUCCUCGCAAGACAGUCAAGUACUCGAGAAUUGCCUACGUUCUCUGGUGAGCCCGAGGAAUGGUCUCUUUUUUAUAGUCAAUUUACAUCGACAACAAAAUUAUGCGGCUAUAGCGAUGACGAGAAUAUAGCCCGACUCGCGCGAUGUUUGAAGGGACGAGCACGUGACGCGGUGUACGCGCUUCUUGUUAGCGCUAGCAAUCUCGAUCGCAUUAUCAGCACAUUAAAAUUACGUUUCGGCCGACCAGAAAAUAUCAUCGAAAUUUUAUUGAAUAAAAUUCAUGCAAUACGUGACAUACGUCACGACGACAUAGACCGUCUAAUAGAGUUCGCGACGGCUGUGCAGAAUGUCACGGCGACUAUGAAAUCAACCGAAGAAAUAGGACAUUUAAUGAAUCCAACGUUAAUACGAGAAAUUGUGAGUAAGCUGCCAUCGACGUUACGAUAUCAAUGGGCGAUACAUGCAGCGAGCUUAGGCGUGAAGACCGUCACGCUGUCACAUAUAUCGGAGUGGCUUAUGACAAUGGCCAACGCUGCUUCAUUCAUCAGUCCUCUGACCACCAAGACGUCUAGUGAUGUGAAACCACCGACCAGACCGGAUCCUAGACCUUGGAGACCAGCAGUGAUGGCGACGACUCCAACGGCAGUAAAUUUAUCCUGUACUCUUUGCGGCGAUGCGCAUGACAUACAAAGCUGUGAGAGGUUCAUACAGAUGACGACAGACGAUCGUUGGAAAUUCGUAACUGAGAAGAAGUUGUGUUUUUCAUGUUUGUCCAGCCGACAUCAAUUAAGAGCUUGUGAAAAAAAGACGAAGUGUGCUGUUCGCGACUGCAUGAGGGUUCAUCACACUUUGCUCCACGCUGUGCGACGCAUCAUGAAGAUUGAUAAUGCUGUCAACCACACGGACAAGACCGUUAAUACUCUCAACAGUGCGAAUCGGCAUGUAUUUUUAAAAGUGGUUCCAGUUGUAGUAUCCGGAGCGAAAGGUGACGUGCUAACCUAUGCACUUUUAGACGAGGGAGCAGCAGUGACACUCGUGAACUCGUCACUUCUGGAGAGAGCUGGCAUCACUGGACCGACGUCGAGCCUUCGCAUCCGCGGCGCGUCCGGCAUGACAACCAUCGAACCGAACUCUAGACUAGUUUCUUUUAAUAUUCGCGGAGUAAAUGUAUCAAAUGUAUAUAAUGUAAAUAGUGCACGUUCUGUAAAUAAUCUUAAUAUAUGUGUAGAUAGUUUUAGAUAUAAGAAAAUUGUAAACAAAUAUCCAUGGGUGACUGACUAUGUAACUGACUAUGACAUACGGCCUGACAUGAUUGAACUUCUUAUUGGACAAGACAACAUUGAUUUGAUUAUUACUAGACAGAUAAUACAAAGACAUAAGACUGGACCAAUAGUUUCUAAGACUGACUUAGGCUACGUAGUUCAUGGAAAUGUAGGACUGGGUAGUGUACCAGACGAUACAACUGUUUUACAUUUUUGUCGAUGCGAUGAACUUCACGAGCUGGUCAAGCAGUCUUUCUCCACAGAGUCGUUUGGUGUUAAGCAGACUGACGACUUUCCUCGUUCUCGAGAGGAUCAGCUAGCGCUGAGCAUCAUGGAGCGAACCACUAAGCUCUUACCCGAAGGCAGGUGGGAGACUGGCCUGCUUUGGAAGUCUGACGAUCUUCAGCUGCCGGACAGCCUACCGUUGGCUAUGAGCCGACUCAACGGUGUCCAGAAGAAAAUGGUGAGGUACCCAGAGUUUGCUUCUCAGUACAGGUCUAAGAUAGAAGAGAAUUUGGACAAAGGGUACAUCACGAAAAUUCAACCAGGAGAUCCUGCGACUAAGACUAGGAUCUGGUACUUGCCGCAUUUUGCAGUCUUCAACCCCAACAAACCGAACAAGCUGCGGAUUGUUUUAGACUGUGCUGCGAAGUCUGGUGGUAAGUCAUUUAAUGAUUUCCUACUGCGAGGACCUGACUUUUUGACAUCACUACCAGCAGUCUUAUUAAAGUUCCGGACAGGCAAGUUUGCUGUGACAGCGGACAUACAGGAAAUGUUCCACAGAGUUCUCAUCCGACCGGAAGAUAGACAUGCUCAGAGAAUUUUGUGGGAUGGCGAAACUUACAUCAUGAACGUCAUGACCUUUGGUGCUGUAUGCUCGCCGUCAUCAGCACAAUUUGUUAAAAAUAUAAAUGCUCGUAGGUAUGAGACGACAAAACCUGAAGCAUAUAAAGCAAUUGUUGAUCACCACUAUGUCGAUGAUUAUAUCCACUCUUUCGAUCAUGAAGAUGAUCUGAUCCGGGUGGUGGAUGACGUGGUACACAUUCAUGCUUCAGGUGGGUUUAACUUACGUAAUUUUGUAUCGAACUCAAAACGUUUACUAGCUCAUUUACCGGCUGAGAAACUUGCCCCGAGCUGUCUGAAAAUCCUCUCAGACGUUAAAGAUGACCAGGUUGAAAGAGUACUCGGAGUGCGUUGGGAUCGAGAGACUGACGAAUUUCUAUUUCAUUUGAAGUUCCCGAAGGUGAGCGAAGCUAUUAAGACAGGCAUUAAAAGACCGACUAAACGCGAAGUGAUGAGACUUAUUAUGUCUCUAUUUGACCCGUUAGGUUUUUUGCUUUACGUCAUCGUGAAAGGUCGUAUUCUGCUGCAGACCAUAUGGAAGUCAAAUGUUGGUUGGGAUGACGAAGUUGAGCUUAGCCAGUUUGAAAAAUGGCAGUCUUGGUUGACUGAGCUUCAAAAGACCAGUGAAUUCAGGACUCCACGUUGGUUGUUUAACGACGGAUGUGGCAAGCAAGAACCGCCAGAACUUCAUAUUUUUUGCGAUGCAAGCAGCAAAGCUUUCGCCAGUGUGGCAUAUUUACGAGACAGAACGACUGAUGGCAAAUGGCACGUGUCUUUUGUCAUUGCACGCGCACGUGUUGCACCUCUUAAAGUGAUGAGUAUCCCUCGACUUGAGCUACAAGCUGCGCUUAUGGGAGCAAGACUAGCUCACUCUUUGAAGAAAAAUAUAGACGUGAGUACCGUGACCUACUGGUCUGACUCAAAGACCGUGUUAAGUUGGCUUAGGUCUGACAGUGGCCGUUUCAAGCCUUUCGUAGCCCAUCGCGUCAGUGAGAUUUCUGAGCUGACUGAGGUCAGUCACUGGAGGUGGGUACCUUCAGGACUAAAUGCUGCAGAUGACGCCACAAGGGAGGCUGUUGCCGAGGACAACACACGAUGGAUGAAUGGACCGUCAUUUCUACGUGAGCCCAAAGAGACCUGGCCACAAGAUGAUUCUGUCAUAAGUCUGGACCCUGACGACGUCGAGGUUAAGGUUAACACCAUUACUCUAAUGACUGUAGAGCUACCCGAUGACAGUCGAUUUUCCCGAUACUGGAGACUUAUCAGGAGCACCGCUUGGUUUAUGCGUGCAGUACACAACUGGAUGCACAAGAGUAGCAAGCGACACGGUGAGUUGACAGCCGACGAAGUUAAAGCAGCGGAGCUAAUCUGGAUCAGAGAAAGCCAAAGACGAAUGUUCUCAGACGAUAUAGAAAGUGUCAAGAAAACCGGACAAGUGAAGCGAGAUUCGCCGCUCCGUCAGCUUACACCAUUUUUAGACAAGGACGGCAUCCUCCGUGUUCGUGGGAGGAUCUGCAGAGCAGAUGGUGAUAACGAUUUCAGGCACCCUAUAAUUUUGAAUCCAAAAGACAGAUAUGUCAAAUUACAACUUAUGCAGUAUCACGUGGACUCAGCACAUAAUGGACGCGAACGUGUGCUGCAUGAAGUGAGACGACGAUUCUGGAUAAUAAAUGGACGUAAUGCAGUAAAGAUGACAUGGAAUGACUGUCAGUUCUGCAAGAACAGUCGUGCAAAGCCCUCGCCACCACUCAUGGCUGAUUUACCAGAUGUUAGAUUGAAGGAGGUCAGUCGACCUUUCACUUACACCGGGUUAGAUUAUUUCGGUCCAAUCAUAGUGAAGGUUGGACGUAGACACGAGAAAAGAUGGGUAGCACUAUUUACAUGUCUGACAGUUCGCUCUAUCCAUCUGGAGUUGGUUCAUGAUUUGACAACCAGCUCCGUGCUGAUGAGCCUCAGACGGCUGAUAGCGAGACGAGGCUGUCCAAGUAUUAUUUUCAGCGACAACGCGACUACCUUUCGUGGGGCUGACCGUGAACUGAAGCGAGCUGUACAAGCUAUCGACAAAGACGAACUCAUCACCUUCGGUAGCCUCCGACACUUGGAGUGGCGAUUCAUAGCCCCUGACGCACCUCAUAUGGGUGGAUGCUGGGAGCGGCUCGUGAGAUCCGUCAAAACAAGCUUGCGAGUAACGCUCAAGACCAGAACACCUAACGAUCAGACUUUAAUGACACUCCUGGCUGAGGCUGAAUUCAUGGUGAAUUCAAGACCACUGACAUACGUACCUCUUGAUUUUGACGACGACUUGCCCUUGACUCCGAAUGAUUUUUUACUACCAAAGACAGAAUUUAUUGACCAUCCUUUCGGAAUGUUUACGGACCAUGAUUUACUGAAACGGACUUGGAGAGAAUCUCAACGACUUGCAGACUUGAUUUGGAAACGCUGGGUCAAGGAGUACUUGCCCACUUUGACACGACGAGACAAAUGGUACAGAGAUUCUGACAGACCACUGGCGAUUGGUGACGUCGUAGUUGUUGUUGACUCCCAGCUACCCCGCAACCAGUGGCCGCUUGGCAAGAUCGAGCAGGUCUUCCCUGGUAAGGACGACAUGGUUCGCGUUGCUAAAGUUCGGACCAGACAUGGACUCUACACAAGACCGGCGACGAAACUGUGCAGGUUGGACGUACACUCCUCAUCUUGAGUACCAGCCUUCUGGUACUGGAGGUGGGGAUGUCGUGGCGUGCAACCUCUUUGACAAGACAUAAAACCUAUAAUGACUAGACAUAGACAGACUAAGACAGACAUUUGAAAAUAAUUCAAAAAUAAAUGGAACGAGGGCGUACGUGACCAGCAGCGAGGCAGUACAUUUUUUGACUUCUGAAAAGACAGACAUACGAAAAGACGAAACAGAACGAAUAAUAAUUGACCGUUCUUAUAUAAGAUAUUCAAGUGACCUUCGACCGUUAAAGUAGUCAUUCGACCGUUCAAACUGUCUGAUGAACUCAUCUUUGUUUAAUACUUCACUAUUAAAUUUUAUUGUCUUUUGUCUAUUUCACUUUUACACUAAACACAAUAUUGCAAAUUACCCGAGCACAACAAUGGCGGAGAAUUUUAGGUGCGUGAGAGCAGACGUAGACACUAACGCGCACGCACACUUGUCAGUACCCA